AUGACAGAUUCAAAGCCACCAAUUGAUGUAGAGCCCUCAUAUGGAGGUUGCGAAGGUCCAGAGGCAAUGUAUGUUAAGCUAAUAUCCAGUGACGGGCAUGAAUUUGUUAUUAAAAGAGACCAUGCUUUGACAUCUGGAACAAUCAAAGCAAUGCUUAGUGGACCAGGUCAAUUUUCUGAAAAUGAAACUAAUGAAGUACGGUUUCGAGAAAUUCCGUCACACAUAUUGGAAAAGGUCUGCACGUACUUCACAUAUAAAGUACGUUACACAAACAGUAGUACAGAAAUACCUGAAUUCCCAAUUGAAGCACCGAUUGCUCUUGAGCUUCUAAUGGCUGCCAACUUCCUUGACUGUUAAUAUUGUUUAUAAAUUGAAGUUUAGAAGAGCACAAAAUUCAUUGAUACAUUUACAGCAUUUUUGUUUUAUAUAUACCUUUUGUGGAGAUUAUAGUGAUAUCCACAUU